GCUUCUCUGCUCAAACUCCUCUCUCUCUCUCUCCCUCCUCCAUUUGUCUCUCUAACUUUGUGCUCGGCUAAUCCACUGAUCUCACCAUUUUCUUCCAAUCAACCGCCGUGGAUUUGCCGGCGGAGCUGUCCCGUAGUUCACCUGAGCUCCGAUGAGUAGCUGGAGGAAGUUUCCGGCAAUGUGUGCUGCUUCUCGCACUCUGGUUCUGCUGUUUCCCCUGCUUCUUCACUCGUUCGUGGUGCUGGUCUCUGGUCAGGGAUCUAACAAUACCUCCCCAUGGCAGACUCUCACUGGAGAUCCUCCUUUUGUUGUGGCUCGUGGUGGAUUUUCAGGGCUGUUUCCUGAUUCAAGCUCAAAUGCCUACAAUCUGGCAUUGAUGGUUAGUGUCCCUGAUGUGAUCUUAUGGUGUGAUGUGCAAUUAACUAAAGAUGGAGUUGGAAUUUGUCUCCCUGAUCUGUUGCUUGACAAUUGUACUAACGCUGCAAGCAUUCUGGGGGCGAACCUCUCCAAUGUCUAUCUUGUUAAUGGAGUUCGUACUGAGGGAUUGUUUACGGUCGAUUUCAAUGCCCAAGAUCUAGGGAAUGUUUCUGUUACUCAAGCUAUCUAUUCUCGAAGUAAUAAGUUUGAUGGCAAUGGGUUUCCAAUUCUCGCUCCCGAAGACGUAGCUAUGGAUUUCAAGCCAACAGGACUUUGGCUGAAUGUUCAGCAUGAUGCAUUCUUCACCCAACAAAAGCUGAACAUGAGGAACUUUGUCAUUUCUCUAUCCAAACGCAUCAUUAUUAAUUAUAUAUCAUCACCAGAGGUGGGAUUUCUUAGAAGUAUAGCUGCAAGGUUUAAUCCUCGCACAACAAAGUUGAUCUUUCGGGCUUUAGGGCCAAACGAUGUUGAGAUUACAACCAAUCAGACAUAUGGUUCUCUCUUAAACAAUCUCACCUUUAUCAAGACAUUUGCUUCUGGAAUUAUUGUUCCUAAGUUUUAUAUAUGGCCCAUUGGUAACGAUAAUUACUUACAGCCACAAACCUCUCUUGUUUCGGAUGCUCAUAAAGAACAGUUGGAAGUUUUUGCAUCAGAGUUCUAUAGUGACCUUCCAAUAAGCUACAACUACAGUUAUGAUCCAAUUACCGAGUACCUGUCUUACUUUGACAAUGGCCAAUUUUCAGUUGAUGGUGUGCUGACUGAUUUCCCUAUUACUCCAUCGGAAGCUAUCGAUUGUUUCGCUCACUUGGGUAAGGAUGCGAAAAGUCGAGUCAAGCCUUUGGUUAUUUCAAAAUUUGGAGCUAGUGGAGACUAUCCUGCUUGUACAGACUUGGCAUAUUCCCAUGCUAUUUCAGAUGGUGUAGAAGUGCUCGACUGUCCUGUUCAAAUUGCUAAGGAUGGAACACCAUUCUGCAUGAGCUCAAUUAAUCUUAUAGAUAGCACAACAAUAUUUCAAACACCAUUCAUUACUCGUUCAAAAAAAAUCCCCGCAAUUAAUCCUAAUGAUGGAAUAUUUGCUUUUGACUUAACAUGGGACGAGAUUCAAACCCUGACCCCGUCAAUAUUGAACCCCUUUUCAAGGUUCUUGUUGUUUCGAAAUCCAAGGUUCCGAAACAGUGGGAAAUUUCUAACGCUACCUGAUUUCUUGGCCUUGGCAAAGAAUGCAAGCACUCUUUCUGGUGUCUUGAUCAAAAUUGAGAAUGCAGCCUACCUAGCUGAGGAGCAGGGUUUUAGUGUAACUGAUGUGGUCUUAGAUUCCUUGAGCAAAGCUGGUUAUGAUAAUCAGACAGCCCUGAAAGUGAUGAUUGAAUCCCCAAAUAGUGCUGUUCUAAUAAAAUUUAAACAGGAAAAUAAAAAUUACGAGCUUGUUUAUGAUGUGGACGAGUCAAUUAGUAAUGUGCUUAAUUCAACUGUUGAGGACAUCAAGAAUUUUGCCGACUCUGUGGUUAUCAGCAAGACCUCUGUCUUUCCUGUGAAUCAGCUAUUUCUCACUGGAUCUACAAAUGUUGUGAAGAAGCUGAAAUCAUCUAAUCUCUCUGUAUAUGUGGAAUCCUUCAGCAAUGAGUUUGUCUCUCAAGCAUGGGAUUUCUUUUCAGAUGCAACAGUAGAGAUCAACUCAUAUGUUAUGGGAGCCAACAUCGAUGGAGUCAUCACCGACUUUCCAAAGACGUCUGCUAGAUAUAAAAAGAACCACUGUUUAAGUAUGAAACCAACACCUUCUUACAUGAGCCCUGUCGAACCUGGUAGUUUGUUGCAACUGGUUACUGCCGAGUACAUGCCUCCAAAGGUUGCUCCGAGCCCUGUUCUGGACGACAAAGACGUAGCUGAGCCACCAUUACCUCAGGUCGCGAGCAGAGCUCCGCCACCUGCUGCGGGAGGAGGUGGCUCUACAGCAGCACCUCCACCUACACGCAAUGGACAGCCCAAGCUUGGAGCUGGUACAGGCUUCUUCCUCUUGAACCUUGCCAUGCUUCUCAUUGCUCUUCUUCCAUUCUGAGAAAGAUAGCAGCGGGUGCUCGUGAUCGUCUCUACUGUAAAUCUCGGAUCCUUGUUGCUCUUUAGAACUGAACUUCAACUUGGUAGUCCAAAUUCUUUCGCGAAAUCGGUAUUUAAUUCUUUGAACUUUCCUGUCUGUAGGUAUGUUUUUAGUUGCUCCCCCCAUGUUGAAAACGUAUUCUUGAAAGAGGGUUCAUUCAUGAUGGAUUGACUGUGUAUUUGUAGCCAAAGCCAAUCUUUGCUCUUUUUGUCUGUUGUAAACUUUGUAAGUUUUUUUGCUUGUGAUU